UACCUUAUCUAACAUCUUUCAUUACUUUCUGCCACAAGUUUUUCUUCUUUUUCAAAGAUUCUUUUGGCAGUUGUAGAGUACCUGAUUCUUUCCCUUCUCAUUUUUGUUUCGUGCUCCAACAGUUGUGGGCAUCAUGGCACCUCAGGAUAACAAAAAGCCCUUUUAUACUACUUCCAACGGCUGUCCGGUCUUCGAUCCUGAGGCUGCGCAGAGGAUUGGCCACAAUGGACCCCUCCUACUGCAGGACUUCAAUCUGAUUGAUCUGCUUGCUCAUUUCGAUCGUGAGCGUAUUCCGGAGCGUGUGGUCCAUGCCAAGGGUGCUGGUGCUUAUGGAGAAUUCGAAGUGACUGACGAUAUUAGCGACAUUUGCUCUAUUGAUAUGCUGAAUGGCAUUGGCAAGAAAACUCAGUGCAUUGCUCGAUUCUCCACUGUCGGCGGUGAAAAGGGUUCAGCGGACAGCGCGCGUGACCCUAGAGGAUUCGCGAUCAAAUUCAAGAGCGAGGAAGGAAAUUGGGAUUGGGUCUUUAAUAAUACUCCCAUCUUCUUCCUACGAGAUCCAACGAAAUUCCCCAUUUUCAUCCACACGCAGAAGCGCAACCCUCAGACCAACUUGAAAGAUGCGACCAUGUUCUGGGAUUACCUCUCGACUCAUCAGGAGUCGGCGCACCAGGUCAUGCACCUGUUCAGCGAUCGUGGCACGCCUUACUCAUACCGACACAUGAACGGAUACUCUGGUCAUACAUAUAAGUUCACGAAGCCAGACGGCACCUUCAAUUAUGUUCAGAUCCAUUGCAAGACCGACCAGGGCAACAAGACGUUCAAUAACGAAGAAGCAACCAAGAUCGCUUCCGAGAACCCGGACUGGCAUACCCAGGACCUGUUUGAGGCUAUCGAGAAAGGGCGACACCCAUCUUGGACAGUAUAUGUUCAAGUCCUCUCCCCUGAACAAGCCGAGAAGUUUAGAUGGAACGUCUUUGAUUUGACGAAAGUUUGGCCUCAAAAGGAGGUGCCUCUUCGGCGGAUCGGCAAGCUUACUCUGAAUAAAAAUCCCGAAAACUACUUUGCCGAGAUUGAGCAGGCUGCAUUCUCACCAUCGCACCUUGUCCCGGGCGUUGAGCCCUCAGCGGACCCUGUCCUCCAGUCUAGGCUCUUUUCUUAUCCCGAUACUCAUCGUCACCGCCUUGGUGUGAAUUACCAGCAAAUCCCUGUCAAUUGCCCGCUUCGCGCUUUCAACCCUUACCAGCGAGACGGUUUUAUGACCAUUAAUGGCAACCAUGGUGCUCUGCCUAACUAUCCUUCCACUGUGAGCCUCAAUAUGCAGUACAAGCCUGUCAAGGCCAGUCAGCAGCACGAGAAAUGGGUCGGCGCAGUGACCUGCGAGCAGCUCCCUGUGUCCGACGAGGAUUUCGUUCAGCCGGCCGCUUUGUGGGAGGUGCUUGGCCGGACUCCUGGUCAGCAAGAAAACCUUGUGUCCAAUGUCGCUGGACAUCUCUCUGGUGCGAUCCAGCAGGUCCGACAACAGACCUAUGGCAUGUUCAGAAGGAUCAAUAAUGACCUCGGAGCUCGUAUUGAGAAGUUGACUGAGGAGAAGGUUGCUCAGGCUCAUGCCAAGCCGGCGCAGCCGAAGCUAUAAUUGGACAUAUAUUAUUAUUAUUCUUCUGGUGCCUCAUUUUAGAGAAUUCUCUUUCUCAUCUCCUUUUUUCCACGGCGAUUUUGGCGUGUAUCGACGAUGAAGCGGGUUGUUGCUUAAGUUACAAGCCUUGUUGGAUAGCCUACAGGAAUCACUCAUCCUCAAAAUAAGGGCAAAAAGUUUCAAAACAAUAAAGCCAUCUCGGGAAGGUGCAAUCAUUCUCGCAGGUCACAUGUUAUCCAAACAUGAAAUUUCCUCAAUUCAUCAACGCAUUAAUGCAAAAUCCAGUAAGCAAAGCAAUUCAAUAUUGUUGCCGGACUUGAACGUGAUUGUUUCAUUGUAACCGAG